AUGACAUAUUUUUUUAAGGUAUGGACAAGUUUCUGUUUAGAAGUGGUAGCUGUAGAUCCUAGUUUUGAAGUGCCAGUAGUAAAUGUUACUGUUAUUGAAGGUUCCACGGCUGUUUUACCGUGUUCGGUUUCACAUCUCAACAGACACAAGAUAGCGUGGAUGGAUCAAUGGUCUACGUUAUUAACAUAUAAAAAAGAUAGAGUUAUAGAUGAUCGGAGGAUCAGUGUGAAUCAGCCCUACCCUACAGAGUGGAAUCUCCAGAUAACAGGGGUGAAAUACGGGGACCAGGGGAUCUACACCUGUCAGGUGAAUACUGAACCAGCUAAAGAACAAACAGUUGUUCUCAAUGUUAUUGUGCCACCCAGAAUAAUUGGAUCUCAAACACCAAGUCACAUAGUAACCAAAGAGGGGCGGUCAGUGUCGUUAAUCUGUAACGUGACGGGGGUGCCACGCCCUACUGUCACGUGGUAUAGAAAACAGAGUACGGAUGGCGAUGAAAAAGAGCGGAUAGGAUUUAAAGGUGAAGAACUGAUCAUCCAUAAUGUAACCCGAUACUGUGGAGGUAUUUAUGAAUGUUUAGCUGAUAAUAAUGUACCACCUGCAGUUAAAAAACAAAUUAGAGUCGAUGUUGAAUUUCCACCAGAAAUCCGUCUACCAACUAAAAGGAUAGGACAGAGCAAAGGACGUGAAACGAUAUUAGAAUGUGUUGUUACAGCUUUCCCCCAUGCUGUCAGUGUUUGGCAAUUCCGUGGAAGAGAACUAUCUAAUAGCUGGAAAUACAGAAUAGAAGUUUUUGAAGAAGAAAUGUAUACGAAAACAUUAAGUUUACGCAUUGUGCAACUUGAUGAAAGAGACUAUGGUGUAUAUAUGUGUGUAGCCUCGAAUAAUUUAGGAAAAACUACCGAUACUAUGGAAUUAUAUGAACAUCGAGUGCGGAAACCAACGACACAAUCCACAUCGACAAUAUCAGUAACACCGGGCUUAUUGAGUCGGGGUCGGGACAGAAAACCAGUGGUACAAUCUGAUAAACAAGUGGAUUCACCAUUAAUAAAACAAUAUGAUGGAGAUGAUGAUGAAGACGAAGAUGAUGCUAGGAUUAAUUAUAUAGAAUCUAGAGGUAAUUAUGGUCGACCAGCUGCUGUAGAUGGAUUUAAAGGAUCAGCGACUAGUGUAUAUAGUGUACAAACUGUUUUUGUAUAUAUAGCGUUGAGUUUACUAUACGUAUUGCAUCACUGA